AUGGUGAUCCGUUUCCAGGACCUUCUUUUGCGGGACCCGACCGACAAUGGGGAACGCGAUAUUGUUUUCAACCUGCACCACGUACUCUUCCAGCUAGGAAGAGAGCCAUAUCCAAGCAGAGAAAGAAAAGCAGGGACUAAAAAGCUCUCCGAAAAGAAGAUAUCAGAGCCUCAGAACCAGGCCUCAAUGUUUAAUUCAGUUCUCGUGGAAGCGCGCUGCGCCAAUAUUGCCGACAUCGCCCGUUUCAUGGAAGACUACCCAACCAUCCAGUGGCAGGCUAUUCAACAUGGCAACCCUCCCCAGUCCAGAGCUAACCCCGUCCUUGCCGGCCCUCCGCUAACGGGCAAUGAUAACGCCCUCGUCCCCCCCCCUCCAGCCGCCUAUGGACACAACCGGAAUCGCUCUUGUCCGUCGUCGUUAGCCCAGAAGUCAUCCACAAGGCGCAGGGCAGGCGGCCAGUUUUAUGACCCCGCAUGGCAAGUGGAGGGACAAGAGAAAAAGCACGCCGCAAAGCAGGAGCAUUGA